AUGCGGCGAAGACAUGAGCGCGACGCGAGAGAGCCUCGCUCGCACAAUCUCACGCCGCGGCCCUGCCGCUGCUGAGAGAUCAGAUCAGACAAAGGGCGACCCUGAUCGAUCGAUGAGGCAUGCGACCGGAGAACGGGUGAGAGAGAAUCAGAGAAACCAAGGGGAGAGAGAGAGAGAGACGGGGUAGGGUUACAUCAUCACCCUAGGAGCGAGGCACUAGCGGCUUGGUGCAGCCUUCCUGCAGCACCGCGGCGCGUCAAAACUAGCAGCCGGACCGUGUCCACACUCUCUCUUAUCUCUUCAUCCCGCUCUUAACCGUGCUAAGCCCCUCUUAGCCCUCGCCUGCCCUAACUCGAGUGAACACAGGCCAGGCACAAGAAACACCUGCCGCCGGCCGACGACGGCCAUGGACUUCGACGACCACGACGACGGCGACGAGGAGAUGGCGCCGAUGCCCGUCAGCUCCAGCUACGAGACCCCGCCGCUGGCGGCCGGGUUCGGCGGCGGCGCGGCGCAGCCCAAGCCGCCCGGCGAGCCCGUCCCCCUCGCCAAGGCCCCGGGGGGCCACGGCGGCGGCGGCGGGAGGUACCGCGAGUGCCUCAAGAACCACGCCGUCGGCAUCGGCGGCCACGCCGUGGACGGGUGCGGCGAGUUCAUGGCCGCGGGCGAGGAGGGCACGCUCGACGCUCUCCGCUGCGCCGCGUGCAGCUGCCACCGCAACUUCCACCGCAAGGGGUCCCCGACCUCCGAGGGCUCGCCCGCCGCGCUGGUCGCCUACGGCGCCGCGCCGCACCACCAGUUCCCGCCCUACUACCGCACCCCGGCCGGCUACUUCCCCCACCACCAGCCGCUCCACAUGGCCGCGGCGGCGGGGCACGCGCCGCGGCCGCUGGCGCUGCCGUCCACCUCCCACAGCGGGCGCGACGACGGCGACGACCUGUCCGGGAUGCCCGGGCCCAUGUCGGCCAUGCUCCCGCUGGGCGGCAUGUCCCUGGGCGGCGCCGGGCCCUCCGUCUCGGGCGGGUCCGGGUCCGCCGGCAAGAAGCGGUUCCGCACCAAGUUCACGCAGGAGCAGAAGGACAGGAUGCUGGCGUUCGCGGAGCGCGUGGGGUGGCGCCUCCAGAAGCACGACGAGGCCGCCGUGCAGCAGUUCUGCGACGAGGUCGGCGUCAAACGCCACGUGCUCAAGGUGUGGAUGCACAACAACAAGCACACCCUCGGCAAGAAGCCGUAGCGCCCCGCAGCAGCAGCAGCAGCAGCACCUGAUCGAUCGGCUGAUCCCCACCGCCGCAUGCCCACCGGGUCGGUCGAUCCCAGUGCGGCUAGCUGCCCUUGGACGGCGGCCGUGACCUGCCUCCGGUAGGUACUCCGCGUAUCUUAUUCAAUUCGUUAGCAUCCAUCCGGCUCCGGCGUCCGGCGCCCUCGCGGCGGCGUAGGUUAGUUGCAGUAGUAACUCGUAGUGAGCGGCUCGAUCGAUAGUCGUUCUUGGCUUCAUUAGGCGGUUCUUUCAUUUGUCAUUUAACCGUACUUGUUUGUGUUCGUUGUUUAUUAAUUAAUUCCUGCGGCAUUGCCAUUUGCCUGUAUGUUUGUUUGCUUCUUCUCCUUCUUCUCCAUGGGAAUGUCCUUGUUCUUUGCCACUCGCAGCCGAUCCAUCGACGGAUCGGCUGCCGUCUGCCGGCGAGGAGAUGUAUUUGGGGAUUGCGGCUGCA